UUCACAUUUUCCAUGUUCUCAUGUAAAAGCAUAAUAAUCUUGAUUUAGCCCCUGACAGUUUCUGUGAAAAAAAAGGAUUAAUAAAACAUCUCCAUUUCUUUGUAUGGGGUAUCUACAUGUGCAGGCAAAUAUGGAGGAUGCAGGAGCAGGCAUUGGUGGCAAACAAAGGAAGGUUUACUAAAGAAAUGGAACCAAAUGGGAUCAAAAGGGAGGCUAGGGAACAAAUGACUGUGCCGCAUGACUUCAGUGACAGAACUGGGGAUCACUAGCUGGGGAAGCACUCAAAUACUGGAGUAACAAGGGAACAGACAGGAGACAGUUGGGUGUGAUCAACAGGAGUCUCCAGGCAUGGCUUGUUAGGACCACAGCAGGGAAGAGACAGAAAGGAUAGGAUGUCACGCGACGCUGAACGCCGGUAAGGCGAACGGACAGGCGAGCCGACAGGAAGCAGGCAGACGGGCGAAGUACGGGGUAAACUGGGAUUUUAAUAAGGGAAGCGGGGGACCGGAAAGCAGGAAACAUCUGACGCGAACUAACAUCAAUGACAGACAAAGGCAUUAGGCAAGACGUGGACUUAAAUAAGACAGGACCAAAGUAAAUGGACAAAGCUGGAGACGAUCAGGGAAGCACACGUGUGUAAUCAGGGGGCGUGGCACACACGAGGAGCGGACGGGCCGGGCAUCACGUAGGAUAGGAUAGUACUUUAUUGAUCCCACAGUGGGGAAAUUUGCGUGUUAACGCAAAAAAAAAAAAAAAAAAGGACAGGCAGGACAGGACAUGACAUCAGGAAACAGUAGACAGAAAAACAGAACUUAGCGUGUAUGUCAUUACUCAUUUCUAUCAUAACUGAAAGUACUGAAAUUAGAAAACGAAAUCUUUUGGAGGGCCUCCCACCCAGACAGGAAGCGUUAUUUGUACCUGAGCGUUUCCUUCAUCAGGCUUGCAUUACCUCAAAAAAGCGAUAUCUGCCGGGGACCAAGCACAUAUAGUGAGGCUCUGUGCGUACCAAAGUUAAUCUAUUGACGCAGGCUGUGGUGACAGUUGCUAGGCAAAGGAGAAAAACAUGGUGUAACGGAUAAGGCGAAAUUGUCAGAAAGUGGAAAAGUACGGCCAGGGGCGGGGGCUACUUAUAGAGGAGUAUAAAACUCACAUGAAAAGUAAGGAAGUCGAAUUCUGUGUCGCAGAGUUCCCAGAUCGAUCUGAUGGAAUAAAAGGUUAUUGGACAACUCAUCCACGUCUCCGGGUGAUCUCUUCUCAUCUAUGGACCCGGUGGAGUCGGCGUACUCCAACAGUAUUCACUCUCCACUUUAGAAAGAUGCUCUGCAAGCUGUUUUAGGGUUCAUGCUUGCAAGUCUGUGGUGAAAUCCAGCUAACAAGAAGCGUUCCCAGAACUUUAGCUAACAUCAUGCUAUGGUUUUCUCAACGUUGGCAGGGAACAUUCUUACUGCAGUGUUAAUGGUAUGUUAUUCAAAUGUUUUAUCAUCAAAAGUAAAAUAUCACAUCAUGUAGUAAGCACUGAACCCGUGUUAUUUGAUGUAUAAAGCAACUGUGCUACCCGCUGCUCUACCAAACCCAUCGUUUGCUUUUAAAUUAUUAGUCGUUGUUGUGGUAGUAGUUAAAGGAGUGGGAUAACGUUCUGGGAACAUCGGGAAAAGAGGACACUGAACUUUAAUAGUGACACUCAGUAAACAUUACUAAAACAAAAUAUUGUUAGAGGGGACUGUAAAUACAGACUGUCUAUGAAAGUAUAAUGGUUUACAUUGAAUAAAAAGUGAUUCCAUAUAAGGUGAACAUGACGUCAGCAGGACCUUGGUGUUGUUGCAUCGUUUACAUAGAAAAUUGCUCCUCCCUUGGAUUUGCUGGGCUACACUGUCUGUCUGUAUAUAGUCAGUAUAAAGACCGAGAGCCAGGUCUCAGUGAAACACAGGGCAGAAUCUUUCUUUGUCUGGGUCAGGAAGAAGCACUUCAGUUUUUAUUUUGUAGCAAGCACACAUUGGAGAGACAGAGAGAUGGUAGCAGAGCCCAGAAACCUCCACGCCCUGUCCUCUCCUUCACCUUCGGAUUAACUUAAGCAAAGAUAGGGCAACCACUGUAGGAUCUCCAUGAAGUCUGAGGGUUCAGUAAGAAAUUCAAGGAUGAAAAAAAUACUGCUAAUUAUCACUGAAGAAAGAAAAAGUGUGCAGUAUUGUCAAUAAGGGAACAGUUUUAUGUGUGCAGUUACUUCUGUAGAAGUUUGUGAGGACUGCUGCCAACAUCUGGACAUUAUCCGGGUGUCUGGGGAAGAAAUGAAACACAUUGGAAGAUGUUUAUCCUAUUGAAGAGGGCGCUAGUUUUCCUGAUUGCAUUUCUUAUUGUGUUCCUGUAUUUAAUGACGAAACCAUCCUCUACAAAGUGGACAGUGCCAAAGCCAAUGUCUCACCAUCUGACCUCGUACCCCAUGUUCCCUCACAGAAGAUGCAUACCGCUGCUAAAUACCACACACUCCGUGGUCCAUGUCCCUACAAGCCAGUCAUAUUCCACCAUUAAAUAUGUGCUAAUGAGUACUGAUGAAUGGGAAUUUCUGCAAGAGAAGCUCUGUUGGCCUCCACCCACCAUAGAAAACCCCACCCCCAUUGAAGCCACAGACCCACGCAAAUGCACCUUCACUGUGUUUAAUUGGGAGGAUAACUACACUGUUGGGGACUAUGUAAAUGUAUCAGUGGUUGCAAAAAAUGGCAGAGGAGUUCGUAAAGCAUAUGGAGGGGACUUCUUCCAAGCCAAGUUAUACAACACAGAGCUCAAAGCUAGUACAUUUGGUCUUGUGAUAGACCAUGACAAUGGGACUUACUCAGUCAGCUUCGCACUGCUUUGGCCCGGCUCUGCCCACGUUUCAAUCAGGCUGAUUCACUCCAGUGAAGCUGUUCAGGUAUUGAGCCGGCACAGAGAGCGGGAUCCGGACAAGGUCUUCUUCACUGGAUACUUUGAGGAUGGGAAUAUAAAGGAGAAUGUUGUGUGCAAUGGCAUGAAGAGCCCACGGCUGGUGGGGGAUGGAAGCCGCUGCUGCUGUGAAUACCGUGACCCUCGCAGUGGGGAGGUCUGGUUCUGCCGCCGACCCUCCUCUCUGCCCUGCAGUGCUCUGGUCUACCACAGCAUGGGGGGGUACCAAGCCCAACUGUCCACAAAUGAGUCCAAGAUCUUAGACAGGGGUAAUACAAACAUUGUCCUUCCAGGAAGCAGCCCAGUGAUCAACAUCUUUGCUCAACAUGCGGAUAUCCGUGAGCACAAAAAAUGUGCCCCAAAUCUGGAUACACCUGUACCAUCAGGCUUUUUCUUUGAGGACCGCUGGACAUCACUGGUGUGUCACACAAAGGUGUUCUCCAGCUCAGAUGUGAUUCGCUGCCUCACAGGCAAGCAGAUACACAUGAUGGGAGACUCCACCCUGCGGCAGUGGUUCGAGUAUCUGGGGAAAGCUGUGCCCACCUUGAAGCCUCUGAAUCUUCACACCUCUGGAAAGUCAGGCCCUCUGAUGAUAGUGGACACUGAGUCAGGCAUUCUCAUCACCUGGCGUGCACAUGGGCUGCCUCUCCGCACCAACAAGACCCCCAUGGCUGAUCUGCACUACAUCACUAAUGAGAUUGACAACCUGGCUGGAGGGGAGCGCAUGGUCAUCGCAUUUGACAUUUGGGCGCACUUCACCACAUACCCUCUGGCCUUUUACGUAAACCGCCUUGUCAUCAUCCGCAGGUCAGUGGUGUCUUUGCUACAGAGAGCUCCUCGCACCCUGGUCAUCAUCAAGUCGGCCAACACAGGCUAUAAGGACGUCUAUGGCAGUGACUGGCUCUCCUGGCAGCUGGACUGUACUCUCAGGGCCAUGUUCCAGGGGCUGCCUGUUGUCCUGAUAGAUACCUGGCAGAUGACAUCCUGCCACUACUCCCCUGAAAACAUUCAUCCAGUUUCCAUAGUGAUCGAGAAUGAGGUAAACCUCUUCCUGUCUUUCAUCUGCCUUCAAUGAGCCACAGCAGGAGCACAUCUCCUAUCUUUCUUCCUCUACCAAAGUGAAAGAUCUAGGAGGAUGAGACAUGAACCCAUACAAACGGACAAAUACAAGAAGCAGGAUCCAGAAUGGAGGAACUAAAUUUACUAACAAAGUUUGUGUCUAGUGGAGCUUUGUGAAGCUACAGGACUCCAAGGCUCAUAACGAAAUGCUGCAGUCAACCUGUAUGCAACAACAGGAAAGUUUGGUACGUAUCAGAACUUUCAGGUUGAGUUGCAAGUCAGGAAGGAUGUCCACAAUCUCUACAAUAAUGUAAUCCUUAGUUCCCCUCCUCGGCUGAAUAAGUCUUGACAUGCAGGAGUUAAUAAGUUACAUUAUUGUCUAGCAAGUGGUGGCAAGUUUAAUCCCACCAAGCAGUGUCACAACAGCACCUCUGAAACCCACACACACAUGCUGCUCCAGCCUAUGGGCAGCUUCACUGUACUUGAUACAGCACCUUAGACAGCACACACACACACACACACACACACACACACACACACACACACACACACAUAUGUUGGUGUAUCUAUAUAAAUGGGGACCUUCCAUUUAUUUCUAUAGGAAAACCCUAAUCCCAAUCAUGACACCCAUAAGUAACCAAACAAAAUACAAGACUUUUGGCAUUUUUACUUUUUCAAUUGCAUUCACAGAUUUUUUUAUAAAACUGAGGUUAUCCAAAUGGGGACCUGAAAAAUGUUCUCAAAAGUAAGGAAGUUUCAGGUUUUACCACAUUCUAGGGACAUUUUGGUCCUUAAAUGAAAUGUGAUCUAUGCAACCCCACACUAACACACAAACACACACACACAAUAUGGAAAAAAGUAUUAGGACACACCUCCUAAUCAUUGGUUUCUGGUGUUUCAUUCAGACCCAUUUGCUAAAGGUCUAUGAGGUUAAGCACCUAGCCAUGCAUUCAGGUUUACAAACAUUUGUGAAAGAAUGGGCCAUUCUGAAGAGUUCAGUGAAUUCAGGCAUGGUACUGUCAUAGGAUGCCACCUUUGCAAUAUGUGAGUUUGUGAAAUUUCUUCCCUCGUAGAUAUUCAAUGGUCAACUGCAAGUGGUAUUAAUGGAAAGUGGAAGUGUUUUGGAACAACAUAAAGUAACAGUGCAGGGCUGAGAUGCAUAGUGCAUAAAAGUCGGCAAUGCUCUGUUGAUUCAGUAACUGCAGAUUUCCAAACUCUUGCCUUAAUCCCACUAUAACAACUGUGCAGUGGGAGCUUCAUGGAAUGGCCUUUCAUCAACAAACAGCUGCAUACACCCUCACUCUCAUGCCCGGCUCAUCGCUCCUCGUGUGUGCCACGCCCCCUGGUUACCCGCGUGUACUUCCCUGAUCGUCUCCAGCUGUCUCCGAUUAUUUUGAUCAGUCUCAUCCAUUUAAGUCCUGGUCUUACUUGUCUCCCUUGUCCGUCAUUGUGGCUAGGUGUCUGUAUCUCCCGUCUGGUGUUUUCUGCUCCCUGAUCCCAUUAAAACCCUGAGUUUUGCCCCGA